UCGCCCCGACAUGGCCCCCGGCCGCCUCCCGCUGCCUGCGCUGCUGCUGCCGCUGGCCUGCGCCGCCCUCGCCCCCAGAUCCCUCACAGAGAAGCAGCGCGCCUGCCUGCUGCCCCCCGACGACGGCCCCUGCCGCGCCAUGGUGUCGCGCUGGUACUACAACAGGUACACGCAGAGCUGCCAGGAGUUCACCUACGGGGGCUGCCUGGGCAACGCCAACAACUUCCUCACCUCCGACGACUGCGAGAAGAGAUGCUGGACUAUCAAGAAAGUGCCUAAAAUCUGCCGGAUGGAGGCCGAUGGGGGACCCUGCAGAAGCUACUUCAAAAGAUACGCCUUUAACCUGAGCUCGAUGAGGUGUGAGGAGUUCGUCUAUGGUGGCUGUUAUGGAAAUGACAAUAACUUCAAAGAUCUGCAGUCCUGUGUGGACCACUGCCUGCCAGAGAAAACUGGUCCCUUGUUAUGCUAUAGCCCAAAGGAUGAAGGAUUGUGCUCUUCUUCCGUGACUCGCUAUUACUAUGAUACCAAGAGCAAAACAUGUAAGGAAUUCAAAUACAGUGGCUGUGGUGGAAACGCAAACAACUUUGUUACUGCAACAGAUUGCUACAAUGUUUGUAGAAAAGCAGGGAGUCAGAAGCCAAGGAUCAACAAGCCAACAAAUCUACCCCGCAGAAAAAUGAUGAGAAAACUGGUUAAAAAGCCACAGAUAUAUAACCUGAAGUCCUAAGCCUGGUGUGCAUUUGGAUGUUAGGCAUCUCCUUUUGAAUUAACUUCCCUCUUUGUAAUAUAGUUUCCACACAGUUUUAUCAGCAAAUGGUUCUGUCUUUCAGAACUGCUUUUUAUUUUCCAACUUAUUAGAAAUAACUGCAUUUAAUAGAAGAAGAAUGAACUUAAAUUUCAUUCUCCUGCUCUGUUGUAUUUGCAGUAAUACUUUGGUAAAAAACAAAUACUUAGAUUUCCAUGUUUUUAUGGGGGAAUAUUACUACUGCCUUCAGAGAGUAUUUCAGCUGUUACAAAUCAAUUAAGAUUUGAAAAAUCUAUAGUCUAUCUGCAUGGAUUUUAUGGAUCUAUAUGGAUCUAUAAUCUAUAUGGAUUUUUUUUUGGCAUUUUCUGCUUGUUAAAGAAAUUAAAACUUCCAAAGGUGUGUGCAGACAUUUAUAGCUCUGCUAUUGAAUAUACUUUGGUAUUAUCAUAUGAGUAGACUAUCCUUUAUAGUCAUGUUUAUGGUAAUAGAGAUACUUCCACAAAAUAUCUGUAUUUGACUCUGAAGAAGGUAAUCAAUCAGGUACUUAACUAUUAAAAUGUAAAUAUAGGCAUUACUUUUUUCAUAAUAUCUGAAAUUCCCACAAAAUUGUACUCCAGACCCUCACUUGGCAUGUCAGCAAAUUUCUCUUGAUUUUAAUGGAGCAACAGUGAUUUACAUCUUCAGAGAAUUUUGAUAUUUAUGUUUAUAUUAUCUUUUGUUAAAGAAGAAAAGAAAAAAAGCAGAAAAGGAGAGGCUUCUGCAAAUCUAAUGUAUUCCCACUUUUGAGGUAUUGUUAUAAUUCUUGUGUUAGACUAUGCCUCCAGUGAUAAUAUUGCACUUUUUUUU